CUCAGGGAAAUGCUAGCCAUCCAGCAAUAGUGUAAACUUUAGUUUACAUAUUAUAUAUUUAAGGUAUAUAUAUAUAUAUCGCUUCAGCCAAUGACUUUUAUGAGUUAGGAAACUUAAACCCCUAGAGGGAUCUCUAUCACAAAAGGUUCCAGGUUGUGGCGAUGACUCGUGAUCUUGUGCUCGGAGAGGAACUGCCCCACUGGGUGAGAGCCAAAGAGUUCCACCAGAAGUAUGAGUCCAAGGAGGUCAUCGGCAGGGGUGUAAGCAGCGUGGUGCGUAGGUGUGUAAACAAACACACAGGACAAGAAUUUGCAGUGAAGAUCAUUGAGAUUACAGCAGAGAAGAUGACUGCCCAGCAGUUGGAGGAGGUGAAGAGCUCAACACUGAAAGAGAUCCAUGUUCUUAAUGUGCUGAAAGGACAUCCGUCCAUCAUCACACUUAUUGAUUCCUAUGAAUCUGCAACCUUCAUCUUUUUGGUAUUUGACCUCAUGAGAAGAGGAGAGCUGUUUGACUACUUAACAGAAAAGGUUACUCUCAGCGAAAAAGAGACCAGGAAUAUGAUGCGUGCUCUUCUGGAGGCAGUCCAGUAUCUCCAUUCCCUUAAUAUCGUACACCGAGACCUCAAGCCUGAAAAUAUCCUUCUGGAUGACCAGGGUCACAUUAAACUAUCUGACUUUGGCUUUUCAGUGCAGCUCCAGCCUGGAGAAAAGCUGAGAGAGCUGUGUGGCACUCCGGGCUAUCUUGCACCAGAGAUUCUGAAAUGUUCAAUGGAUGAAACGCAUGAGGGAUAUGGGAAAGAGGUUGACUUGUGGGCUUGUGGUGUGAUUCUGUUCACUCUUCUUGCUGGAUCGCCACCUUUCUGGCACCGCAAACAGAUGCUGAUGUUAAGAAUGAUCAUGGAGGGUCGGUAUCAGUUUAGCUCUCCAGAGUGGGAUGACCGGUCUGAUACUGUUAAGGACUUGAUCUCAAGGCUUUUAGUGCUGGAUCCUGCAGUUCGUCUGACGGCUGAACAAGCCUUAACUCAUCCUUUCUUCCUUCAGUACCAGAAGGAGGAUGUACGGCUCUUCAGCCCCAGAAAGACAUUCAGGGUGUUAAUCUUGACAGUCUUGUCCUGUAUUCGUAUGUACUGUCGCUACAACCGGGCCAGACCUCUGACGCGAGAACUCCUAAUGAGGGACCCUUACUCUUUACGAGCUGUGCGCAAACUCAUCGAUGGCUGUGCUUUCCGCAUAUAUGGACAUUGGGUCAAGAAAGGAGAACAACAGAACCGAGCUGCUCUUUUCCAGAACACCACUAAAAUUGUUUUACUUGGUCUUGAGGACCUUGAGAGCUAAAUGUAAAUCUGAUCUCUAUUUUUAACCUGUUUAUUAAGAGUUAUAGUAGUAUUUUUCUUUUUUAAUUGAUACGGUUCAGGGAGUGCAGAUAUUAAUCCACUCACACACACACACACACACUGGAACCACAAUAGAACUAUUUAUUCAUGAUUAAUGAGAUACUUUUUUCAUUGUUACAUGCGAGUUAUUGAGCUCACUUUUAACUUCUUAGCCAUUUUCUUUUCUAAUAUCUAAUCAUAAACUUAACUUUAUAAAUUUGUAUAUCAUAUUUAGUUUUAUCACGUUACCUGUCCUUGUAAUUUGACAAUUUAUAGAAGUGGACAGUAUAAAUUUGGAGAACAUUUUGCCAUUUAUGGUAACACAAAUACUGUGUAUGAUGAUUACUUUCCUGCUCACUUUGUGGGGGUAUUUUCCCCCCUUAAAUGUAUUUGAGUCUUCUUUUCACAACCAAACAGCAUGUUUUCAUCACUGUGUACUGUAUUAAUUUAAGAUUAAGCUUAAUCUGCAUUAUCACUGUCAAGAUUGCUGUUAUAUAUUAUUCAUGUGUAAUUUCUGUUUUAAUGUUCUGAACUUGAUUAAUAAAAUAAAUCCUUACAUUUUAAGUAAA